UAUAUCUAAGUAAUCAUAUAAAUAUAAAACUAUUGAAAAUGAAAGCCUAAUGAGAAAGUAAAUGUGUUCAGCAUGAGAGACCUAUUAUUGAAAAUUUUUAUCUGAAUAUCAUUGUAUUUUAUGUAACAGCAUUGAUGACAGGCAUACAGGUGUAUGUAUGGGUUUAUGGGUGUGACAUGGCCUAAAUAGUGCCAAAAACUCAAAAUACAGAAUUUAUUUUAAAAAUCCCAACAAUGCAAAAAGCAAUAGCUUUAGAUGGAAGCUGAUCAGGUUCCUUUCAAUGUUUCAUUGCCGUUACUGGGAGUUGGAGCAUUUACUCUGCUGCUCAGUUUCUGCUUUUGCUGUUAUCUUUGGAGAUUAAAAAAGGCUGGACAAUAUGAAGAAAAAGGCUAUGUUGUUAAAAAAUUUACAUUCAGAGAUAAGCACCAACAGAAUGAUACUUGUUCCGUUUGUUUGGAAGAAUUUAAGAAAGGUGAAAAGAUAGCAGUUUGUACUUGCCGGCAUGGUUUCCAUUCAAAGUGUCUAGAGCAGUGGCUUGAACACAAAAACAAUUGUCCGUUAUGCAAAGCACCGGUCCGCAACAGAAUUGGAGAAAGAACAGUCUUGAUAAGUCAUGCCACAACAUCAUCAGUUUAAUAUCUUAAGGAAAAGAUUCUGUGUUUAAUUUUGCUUGUUGUUAUAUUCUUGAACCUACUGUGUAAUAUAGAACUGUCACCUCUAUAAUUUACAACUUAAUAUUCACAUUUAGAUCUGUCUAUACUAUUUCAUAAAUAUUUUAAUAAUAAUCUGAUGCUAUAUUUUCAUUCGAUCUAAAUUUCUUCACAUUGUGAUAGAAUAUAUCUUGCCCCUGAAUGUGCUAAAAUCUUCUAUGUUGUUGUUUGUUCCUUUUUUUUAAUGUAUACAAACAGAUAUUCAACUGUAUGUUGUUUUUUUUUGUAAAAUAUAAUCCAUGUCCUAAAUAAAAAAGAAAUUUGUUGUAAACAGAUUGACCUAACUGUGCAAUGUGUUGAUGUUGGAUCAUGACAAAGUGUUUCAUGUGCUUUAAUAUUAUUGUUAUGUACAUAUACUUCUACACCUUUUUUUUUUGACAUAUAUUUUAUGCUGGAAUUCUAUAAACCAUUGAAAUUUAUUUUUCCUAAAGGAAUUUUUGUGAAUGUUAGCAUUGAGAUUGAAUGAAAAUCUAGUCCUUUCAAUGUUUCUAAAUCUUAUUUUGCAUGUACCCUUUGAGUAUCAUUGUGAUAUGUGCUCCUUCUCCUUACAUCAACAUCCAGUCAUCUCAUAUGUACACAAACACCUACAUAAGCUGACAGUAGUACGGUGUAGGGGAAAUUCUCUUUGAGUUGCUCUGGAGUUGAUUCAUGUCAUUGAUUAUUUACUUCAGUCAUUUACUGUUGGUCGCCUUAAUGUAGCUAAUACUCUCCAAUGUUUUUAUCAUAGUGUAAUAUUGAUUGAAUUUUAGAAAAUAAUUUAUAUUGAAAAUAUUAAUAUUUAGGCCACAACGAUGUACCAGUCCAUAUGUGAAGAAAAUGAUCAUUACAUUUUAAAAAAAAGAUUUACACAUUUUGAACAUUUUUGUCUAUUAAAUAUAGCUACAUAUGUUUGUUUUCUAGGCUCUAUGCACUAAAUGUGCUAAGUUUGGAUUAACUACAUCUAAUUGUUUAUGAUAAAAUACUAAUUCUCUGUAAUAAACCACUCUGCCAUCUUGUUAUAAAGCACUCUGCCACCCUUUUAAACCAUGUUCUACUGGUGUUUAAAACUAUGUGAAAUUUAAAGAAUAUUUUAUUGACUUAAAAUCUCUUGGUGGUUAAUUGCAGAUUUGUUUUUUUUUUAUGUAACAUUUUAUAAUUAAUAUCUGAGUUGUACAGCUUUCAAAGAAAUUUCUAUUUCUCAUGGUUCACACUUUGAAAAGAACAGAUGUAUGAUUGUUACCUUAGGAGCCAAAAGUUGCAUCUAUCUAGUAACCUUUGUUUUCAAUUUACUAAGACUUUCUGCAACAUCAGCAUUGUUUAAGUCUGUUUUACUAGAUUAGUAUUGUUUCAUUAACUCUUUCAAUAGGAUGUUUUAUCUAAAACAGCAUAUGUUGGCUUGCAUUGCUCAACUAUUAUAUUUAUCAUUUUUUAAGUUCGGGGUCGAAUAAUAAAUUAAUUUAAUGCUAAGUCUUUUUGGUGACGCUGAUGUAUUUAUGAUAUUAAAAGUCUUUUGGUUUGAAUUAUUAUUUUAUUACUUGACAGUAUCUUAACUCAUAUGUAUCAAAUUGUUUGAUAUUCUUUAGAUUUUUUUUUAAAAACGUAUUUCUGUUUGUAGAAGCAGGCAGUGUUAAAGUGGGAGUGUUACAUUUUGAAUAACUAUUGGGCUAAUUAGUAAUUUUUUUUUUCAAAAGGUUUUAAAUAUAUACAGAUAUACCUUCAUGCACACAUUAUUUUAAAUGUCCGAUCAUUUGGUGUUACUUUUUAUUUAUUUUUUUCUCCUACUGAAUUAAUAAAAGUCCUGAAAAUAUUUUAGAACAUGGUUUACAUAAAUAAAUCACGUGAUCAAACUAAUGUGUUAUUUUCUCUGGCACUAGUCUGCAUCUUCCUUCCUCCACUUAAAAAGCUUUCCAGAACAAUAUGAACUCUAACUUUUGUUGAACUAUUUCCCAGCAGCUUAAGCUCUGUGAUCCAAUCUGACCUACUUUGUUGAGUGAAGCAUACCUUGAUCACACAUUGGUUGAUGUUGCCAUUGCUGGCAUUUUUUUAGUUUUAAUAACAUUAUAUAUAAUCAUUCAAUGCCCCAAUGAAAGCAAAUAUAUUUGAUUGGAUGACUUCAGUUAAAAAAGAUAGCUUAUAAUAUGUAUAUCAAUGUGUAAUGGAUAAAACACAUGCAACAUUUUUUUUUCUGUUUCUAUAACUUUGAAAGUUGCAAAUUCUCAUACUGUGGACUAAUGUUAACAGCUGUAUGAACAAGGUUUAUGGUAGUGAACAAGCUCCAUAUUUUAUAUUUACUUUUAUUAGAACUUAUUUAAUUCAGGUUGUUUUUACUUUAACAAAAAAUGUUUUUUCCAUUAUCUUGUGCUUUUGAUAAUGCUUUGAUUAGUUGAUUGUUUGUGAUAUAAUCAGUAUCAUUUCUAUUUUUAUAAUUUUCUUCAAAUUCUCUUUAGCACCCAGUAACUGUUUUUUUAAAGGAACAUGUACAAGUGAGACAUUUAGUUCUGGGAAAGUCUGAGCAUUUUUGUGUACACAAGCAUUUUGUUGUUUUUACUUGAUGUAUUUUUUAAUGUGUACAGAAUCUUGUUUUCACAUUUGCCAGUAUUUUGUCAGAUAUAGAACUAAAAAAAAAAAAAUGGGUAACUUUAUUUAUUGUCUACUGUUUGUUUUUAACCAUUUUGUUAUAAGGAGAAAACAAAGCUUGCAUCAGCAAUAAAAGAUAUACAUACAUAUAAUACAA